CCCCGCCCCCCUCCUCCCCCCGCCCAACGGCUCUCCGAGAGCCGCCGCCGCCGUUGUUGUCAGUUGCGUCUCGGUACUCGCUGCAGCCGCAGCGGCGGGGCCCGGCGGAGCGCUAAGCCGGGCAGCCAAGCGCGGGGCGGGAGUCACCGCAACUGCCGCCCCCACACGAGCUUUACCCACCCCCGAGUUUACCCGCUGGGGUCCGCGACCCUCUCCCUCCGUUUCCGCCGCGCUCCCCGUCCCCGCCGCCGCUCCCGAGGGCGGUCGAGGCGGGUGCUGCCCAUGCAGGGGGCGGCGCGGGGCGCGGCGGCCCGAGGAGACGCCGGUGCUGCAGGCGGGGUGGAGGUCUCAAACUGAAUUCCCAUGGACUUUGUGGAAGUAGACAGCUGGAUAGAGAAGAGGUUAUACCAUGGCUCCAGCUGAGAGAAGCAGUAAGGUAUGCUUGGAAGUGACAAUGGACUACUUAAUUGCAUUAGAUACUCUUAUAUGAAAAGAUCACGUUUCCAAAGAGCUUAAACGUUAUUUCGUCUUCUGGAACAGAAUGGCAGGCUUCAAACGAGGAUAUGAUGGAAAAAUUGCAGGAUUGUAUGACUUGGAUAAAACUUUGGGCAGAGGCCAUUUUGCUGUGGUCAAACUCGCUCGGCAUGUCUUUACAGGUGAAAAAGUAGCAGUAAAAGUAAUUGACAAGACCAAACUGGACACUCUAGCCACCGGACAUCUUUUUCAAGAAGUUAGAUGCAUGAAACUAGUGCAGCAUCCCAAUAUAGUACGGCUGUAUGAAGUGAUUGACACCCAGACCAAGCUUUAUCUUAUCUUAGAGCUAGGUGAUGGAGGAGAUAUGUUUGAUUAUAUCAUGAAACAUGAAGAAGGCCUGAAUGAGGAUCUGGCAAAAAAAUACUUUGCUCAAAUAGUUCAUGCUAUAUCCUACUGCCAUAAACUGCACGUAGUUCACAGAGACUUAAAACCAGAGAAUGUGGUCUUCUUUGAAAAACAAGGACUUGUGAAAUUGACUGAUUUUGGCUUCAGCAACAAAUUUCAGCCUGGAAAGAAGCUCACCACAAGCUGUGGAUCUCUUGCAUAUUCUGCUCCUGAAAUUUUACUUGGGGAUGAAUAUGAUGCACCAGCAGUGGAUAUAUGGAGUUUGGGGGUCAUCCUCUUCAUGUUGGUUUGCGGACAACCACCGUUUCAAGAAGCAAAUGACAGUGAAACUCUGACUAUGAUAAUGGACUGCAAAUACACAGUGCCACCUCAUGUGUCCAAAGAAUGUAAAGAUUAUCACACAUUUUAUAAAUGGUUGAAGGAACUGCUCACCACUGACGGGCUUUGGCCACCACUCUUGCUGGAUAAAUUACAAGGUGUUGCUGAGAAUAUUGUUUUAAAAAGUCUAAUUACGCGGAUGUUGCAGAGAGACCCGAAGCGAAGGGCAUCUUUGGAAGAGAUUGAAAACCAUGCGUGGCUCCAAGGAGUUGACCCGUCUCCUGCAACAAAGUACAAUAUUCCUCUUGUGUCAUAUAAAAAUCUGUCUGAAGAGGAACACAACAGUAUAAUACAACGCAUGGUUCUCGGUGAUAUUGCAGACCGAGAUACAAUAGUGGAGGCAUUGGAAACAAACAAAUACAAUCACAUCACUGCUACUUACUUCUUACUAGCUGAAAGGAUUCUGAGAGAAAAACAAGAGAAAGAAAUUCAGACCAGAUCUGCAAGCCCUAGCAACAUCAAAGCUCAGUUCAGGCAAUCGUGGCCAACAAAAAUCGAUGUACCCCAAGACCUGGAGGAUGACCUUACGGCUUCUCCUCUGUCCCAUGCAACUGUUCCUCAGUCACCAGCUCGCACAGCUGAGAACGUUCUCAACGGCCACAGAAGCAAGGCCCUUGGCGAUGCAGCAAAGAAAGAAGAUAUCCCUGAAUUAGCUGGACCAGCGCUUUCAGCAGUCCCGUCAGUGAGCUUAAAACCCACUACAAGUGGCAGGAAGUGCUUGUUCAGAGUGGAAGAAGAUGAAGAGGAGGAUGAAGAAGAUAAGAAGCCUAUUUCUCUUUCUACUCAAGUUGUUCUGCGCCGUAAGCCUUCAGUUACGAAUCGUCUUACUUCGAGAAAAAGUGCACCGGUCCUCAAUCAAAUCUUUGAGGAGGGGGAGUCAGAUGAUGAGUUUGACAUGGAUGAGAACUUACCCCCAAAGCUCAGCCGGUUAAAAAUGAACAUUGCUUCACCCAGCACAGUGCAUAAACGCUAUCACAGGAGGAAAAGCCAGGGGCGGGGCUCUAGCUGCAGUAGCUCAGAAACGAGCGACGACGACUCGGAAAGCAGACGACGCCUAGACAAAGAUAGUGGGUUUACCUACUCCUGGCAUAGACGGGAUAGUAGCGAAGGGCCCCCUGGCAGCCAAGGCGAUGGUGGUGGACAAAGCAAACCAAGUAAUGGCAACGGAGGGGUCGACAAAACGAGCCCAAGUGAUAACAACAAGGGUGGGGGGAGUCCCUCCGGGAGCUCCAGUGGUAGCACCAACAACACUUCAGGUUCCACUCGUAGGUGCGCUGGAUCCGGAAACUCAAUGCAGCUAUCGUCUAGAAGUGCAGGGGAACUGGUUGAAAGCCUGAAGUUGAUGAGCCUUUGCCUAGGUUCACAGAUUCAUGGCAGCACUAAAUACAUUAUUGAUCCUCAAAACAAUCUGUCCUUUUCAAGUGUAAAAGUACAGGAGAAAUCAACGUGGAAAAUGUGUAUAAGUUCCAACGGAAGCACAAACCAGGCUUCAUCGUUGGGCAACCUAAAAUUUUUUUCUGACCAAAUGUCAGACACAGCAAACGAAUUGGAACGGAUAAAGAACAGGAACUUGAAAAACAAUGUGCUACAACUACCUCUCUGUGAAAAGACGAUAUCUGUGAAUAUUCAGCGGAACCCAAAGGAGGGGCUGCUGUGUACCUCCAGUCAAACCAGUUGUUGUCAUGUCAUUUGACAAUGACCUGACUUUAAUAGCUCGAUCUACUUGACAGCAUUAUUCUUCCUGUUCAGAGCUGUGAACACCUUGUCACCGGACCCCCUUUUGUUGUCUUAAGAUUUUUAAGUGGGCUUUGAGCAGUUAUUUAUUAUACUUUAAGUUUGUGUUUGCUUGAUGGUAUGACAAUGCAUGGUCUUUGCAUGCUGCUAGCCAAUAUGUUUUUCUUUUUCAACAAAACAGAAUAUUUUAUUGUGUAAUUUUUACAUUUAUAAUUUUACUAUGGAAGAUCCAGAUUAAAUUAAAAUAAAUACCUGGAUCUUCAUGUAAAUGGAGCACUUAGAAGUUUCAUGUUCUGCACUUAAACUAGAGAGAGGAGCUUUUGUUUGCUUGUGAAAUGUUAAUUCUUGUUCUGACCUUCUGUGAUAACUAAAAUACGUGAUAUGUGGCAUACUUCUAUGUGUCUGAAACAGAACCAAAGCAAUAAUGUUUUGAUGCUGAAAACUCUUCAGGGAGCUUUCAGAUGUUCCAAGGCUUGUACAAAGCAGAGAUGCACUGAAAAUUAGUGAUCUUGAAAUACGAUUUUAAACCCACACCUAUUUGUCUUAAGCUAUGAUACGGAUGAAGUUGUGGCUCAAAAAUCAAACUGAAAAGAUCUCGUUUUGCUGCAGGCAGUUUUCUUUUAAAAAAAAAAAAAAAAAGGCAAGUAGAUUUGUAAGGCAGCUUUCUCCCAUAGAAAUGUGUUAAUAUUACAAGCAGACAAUCUUCUUUUUUAAUAUAACAAAGGUAAAUUAUUAAGUCUACUUCUGAGUUUUUACAUGCUAACUGAAAAUAAAGUAUUUGUAUGACUUACUUUUGUUAUUAGUAUAUCAUGACACUUAAUAUUUUAGGCUUUUACCCUGUAAACCUUCUCCCUUAUCCUCCUCUCCCCUCCCAUCCCCUCCCCACCCCGUGAUUUCAAAAGGCAAUAAGGGAUGGAAAACCUUUAAGUAAUUGGAUUCAAAUUCGAAUUGUUAUUGUCACAUUUUCCUCAUGAUUACUCUUUCUGAGACUUAAAAUACUGCUGUUCCCCACAUGUACACCACUUAUUUUCCCCUCAGUAAUCAUGCUUUUUCUUAAAGUCCAUUUAAAGUAGCAGAUAGGAACGUAUUUGUUUUACAGCUCUUAGCCUUUCUGUCAGGUUUCCCAUUGCCAUGGCAAGGUCUUGAUUUAGAGUAUUUCUGUACAAAAGGAUACUUUUGACCAGAUGAAUUAACUUUGUGGAAUUUUAUUACCUAGAAUAAAAUAUAUUGCAGAUUGCUAGUUUUGGGAAGGGCAAGAAUGUUUUAUUUUUUCAUGCUGUGCACUGGGUCUUCUAAGCAAUGCUAGUGAAACUGGUGGUAUUAUGUAGCAGCGCCCUGGGCAGACAGUGGCCGUCUGAGAGGAAUUUACGUUGUCGAGCAUCUUGUGACACUUGCAGAAUGGUCAAAUACAGCGCAUUUCGCAUCCACCGCAGAGUGGGCAGAGCACCAAAGAAAGGCGUUACGCUUGGUCAUCGUUUCUACAGCUCAUGACAGCUCUUCUUGAUGAGCGAAAGGCUUUACUAAGAGAGUCUAAAUUGCAUGGGGUGUUCUUACUGGCUAGCCUAGCCAGGGAUAUUACGUUCUGCUUCCUAAGCAAGGCAAAGGAUAAGCGUUUUACUUCUCUAAGUUUUAAACUCUAGUUGCAGUUUAGUCAGCGUGAUACUUAUAAAUCAAAAGCUACAAGAGCAGAUGUGUGGGUGAAGCCAUAGAACAUAUUUGCUUGAAAUUCCUGAGCAGGGAUCUUACCAAGGGCCAGAAAUGAGAUGUGUGGUUCACAGACAGUGAGCGUAACAUCCAAGUAGGAGAUGAGUUUUUAAAGGGCAUUGGCAAUAAGCUUAUUUGUUGCAGCUUUUUUUCCAAGUAUUGUAAAUACUCUUUCCUGAUAUUAUGUACAGCCUUGGAAUGGCACCUUUUAACUAACCCCAGGUGUAUUUUGUUUCCAAUGUUUUUAUAUACGACUGUAUAUAUGGUGCUCACUUUAGAACAGCAGUGUUGACCAUUUAUGCUGCAUAGUUGUAUUAUAGCCUUAUAGCUGUGUGUGGUUGGUUGAACCUUUGGGUGUACAGGUGUCAGUCUGAGUGGUGUCCCUUAUCCCUUUGUUGAUAGGUGAAUGACUGUGCAUGUGGUGUAUGUCGUAUUAUGUCGUCAUGUAAAAGGAAGGGCGAGAAUAACCACUACAUUAAGAUAAUAUUGGACCAAACUAUUUAGAGCGAGUAAACAGAUUCUUGUACCCCUUAACGUGUCUUUAAAAGUUGCAUAUAGUUACAGUAGUGUAUAAAUUAAAUAUUGUGGGAAAACAAUUAGUCUUGUAUUUUUCUGUAUGUGUGUAUAUAAAUAUAUAUAUAAAAAAAUAAUGUACCUCUAGCAACUUAAUCUGUAUUUAAGAUGUGACAAUCUUGACACAGAAUUUUAAGAGUAGCAGUAUAAAUAAGCAGAAUUACUGAACAGAAAUAUAAAAAUUUCUCACCAAGAAAAGAGUCCAUGUGCGUGUGUUAAGAGGGUACAGAAAUAUCAGCUGGUCUUAUUGCUUCCAGCAAUGUUUGGCUUUUUCAUUGUAUAAACAUUCACGGUGUGCGACAGAAAUGGAAAAUCCGGUUAAUAAAAGUGAUAUCUCAAUUGAUGCAUAA